ACACAGCGUUUGAGUAGUAGAGUUAAAGACGUGAUUCAGCAGUGACUAUUGAACGAGAAAAGUGAAAUGUAAGAAAUUUGCUCAAUAGGUACGCUAAUUGCACAGUUCGAUUUUAAUCGUUUCGUUUCGAAACUAUUAUAAUAUAUUAACACGUCGGUCGGCCAAGUACCAAUUGUUGGCCGUCAUAAUGUUUACUAGAGCGAAGGUCGAUGAUAUUUGUACUACAAAACGACACAUUCGGCAUACUACUUAGUAGACAAACAAGACCAGAGAAUCUCGAGACUAUGAUAACUUAGCUUAUCAUACAUAUUGGUAAUCUCCUUGGAGCAGUAUUGAUCUACAUUGAAAAUCUAGAAUAACGUCGUAUCAAAAAUUAUAAUUUGUUACAAAAAGCAUAAAUUAGAAAUAAAAUGACGCUGUUCUACAAAAAUCUUGGGGUGCCAUGCAAAUGCAUCAUAUCAUCUAUGAAAAGUGAUGCUGUAUUAAUUCGCAAGUUAUCACGGUAUGUUACUCGAUACCAAACUCACGAGAUAUGUAUUGCAAAAAAUCAAUUAUGGCCAAUUCGAUGUUUUUCUUCCAUUAAUGAUGACAACGGUGAUAAUAUAAAACCAAAACCAGAAGAAAAAGACCCAUUGUUGAAAAGUGUCCCAGUUAAAACUGUGUUAGAUAAAGUAAGCUUUGAAAAAAAUGUUGAUAAAGUCCAAAGACCUGAAAAAUCUGUUGAUAGAAAUUAUAUUACUGCUCGUCGUGCAAUGACCGAGUUCAUGUUGAAAUCAACUGAUCUAGAAGGGCUUAAAACUAUCAAACGGAGAUCUCCUUUUGAUGACGAGCCCCCAAUAAAUGUUUAUUGGCGGAAAGAUGUUGUAGCCAAAGCAUCUGAAGUUUGGGGAUCUCAGGAAGGUUUGGUGACUCAACUAAUUAAAAGAGAAAUUGAGAGAAAAAAAAAACAACAAACAAUGUUCACUAUUAAAGCACAUAGAAGAAAUAACCGUCGACAGACUCUAAAUAAAAAUGAUCUCAAAACACAAAAGUCAUCAGGACUAUUUGGUGAUUCUGGCCGUGUUGUCUUGACAGCAGUUUUCAUAAACGGUAUGAAUACAAUUUUCAAAGGUUUGGCUUGGUUUUAUACUGGAAGUCACAGCAUGUUUUCAGAGUGUAUACAUUCAAUGGCUGAUACAAUUAAUCAAGUCAUUCUUGCAUUUGGUAUUUAUAAAUCGGUACAAAUAGCAGAUUCGUAUCAUCCAUAUGGAUAUUCAAACAUGAAAUAUGUUGCUUCUUUAAUAUCUGGAGUAGGAAUCUUCUGUAUUGGCUCUGGACUUUCUAUUUACCACGGUGUAACAGGACUUAUUCAUGCUGAACCAUUAGAUUCUCUAUUUUGGGCAUAUUUUGUGCUUGGUGGCUCAUUUAUAUCUGAAGGAGCAACAUUAGCAGUUGCUAUCAAUAAUAUUAAAAAAUGUUCCAAAGAAUCCAAUAUUUCUUUCUUACAAUAUGUUUUACGAGGUCAUGAUCCUACUGUCAAUGUUGUAUUAUUAGAAGAUUGCGCUGCUGUAUUAUCUAUUGGAGUUGCCGCUGUGUGUAUGUCAUUAACUUCGUACUUAAAUACUCCUAUACCAGAUGCUGUGGGAUCAUUGCUAGUUGGUGGAAUUUUAGGCACAGUUGCUUCCUUCAUUAUUUAUACAAACACAUCAGCUAUAGUCGGCCGCUCUAUUAGUCUAACAUAUUUAAACAAAAUCAAUGCUGAAUUGGAGUCUGAUGUUAUGAUAAGGGCUAUUCACGAUGUUAAAGGUAUUGAUAUGGGAAACAGUUUGAUUAGGUAUAAAGCCGAGUUGGAUUUUGAUGGAAGAGAAUUAGCUAAACAAUACCUUGACAGACUCGAUCCUGAAGCAUUGAUGGCAGAAGUGAAGGGUAUUGAAAAUGCAGAUUGUGCUGAAGCAUUCUUAUUGAAACACAGUGAAAAUAUAAUUGAUAUGAUAGGUGGAGAGAUUGAUAGAAUAGAAUGGCAACUAAGAUCAAAAUUCCCUGAAAUAAGACACUGUGACUUAGAAAUACUUUAGACAUUUUCUUUAUUUUCUUUAACUAAUACACUAAGAACAUAUUAUCAACUGCAGACUGUCGAAGCUUAUGAUCAAAUAAGUUUUUGCAUAACAUGGGAAAAUAUGAUCUUAUUCUACAUGUUUAUUUUAAAUUUUUAUUAUUAGCUAUAAUAAAUUAAAAUGUAUGCAUAUAUUUUUUUUUAUAAGUUAAUAAUGCUUACUGCAUACCUAAUUAUUGAGUAUGAGAACCGAGAAGAAUUUAUUUAUAUUGAAAAUGAACAAUAUGGUGAUUAAAAGAAUGAUGCUGGUAAUUUAUGGUAUUCAGCUUGGAGACAUUUAGUCAGUGUCAAAAGCAAAACGAUUUUACAAAAUAUAUUUCUUUAAAUUAAUAUUGUUAGUAUUAAACAGCUUUUAAUAAUAUGUCGAUCAUAUGUAUUGUACUUUUUUAGAUUUAUUUUUAUCCAAGGCCAAUUAAAUUUUAUUUUGUAUCAUUCUGCAGCUAAACUGUGAUUUGCUUGCAUAUUUAUAAUAUAAAUGUUAUCAUCUUUAAAAUAAAAUGUUUUAUUUUAAUUAAA